GCGGUAUUUUUGGCCUGUUUCUGCUCAAUGAAGUGCAGGAGGUAACAGCAAUGGCGUCCAACCAAAUCCUCGUGCUGUAGCUUCCGAUCAAUACGACUAUGUUGAGUCCAAGAUUCUUCUGCACAAGCUUUAUCUCCCGCUUUUUUCGUCUACAAAUUGUCGAUUGCGGCUUGCAGAAAAGAUCGGAAACCAACCUAUUCUUGCAGAAUCAUUUAUAACUUGGGGAAUUUUCGCAGCAGAAGGUAGGUAGAAGAAGAAGAAUUUGUUGAAGAUGAUGAUUCAGAGCUUGAAGGUUGCGUUAUUUACUAGGCGAAGCCUUCAUAGUGUUCGUCUCCUCGCUCAAAAGAGAAGCCAAUGCUCUCUUCCCGUCCAUUCCACGGACGAUGAUCUCGAUCAACAAGUGCUUGUUGAAGGCAGCGCUUGGUCCAGAACCGCUAUUCUCAACAGACCUUCGGCUCUCAAUGCUCUCACUACCAAUAUGGGGGCUAGACUGCUUAAAUUGUACAAUUCUUGGGAAGAAAACCCUGAUGUUGGUUUUGUAGUUAUGAAGGGUAGUGGCAGGGCAUUUUGUGCUGGUGGAGAUAUUGUUUCGCUUUAUCGUUUUAUCAACGAAGGAAAGAUGGAAGAAUGUAAAAAGUUUUUCAGCACAUUGUAUACUUUUAUGUACAUAGUUGGUACAUACCUGAAGCCCCAUGUGGCAAUUCUAAAUGGCAUUACCAUGGGUGGUGGCGCUGGAGUUUCACUCCCUGGGACUUUUCGAGUUGCAACUGAUAAAACUGUUUUUGCUUUCCCUGAAGCGCUAAUUGGUUUCCACCCUGAUGCUGGUGCAUCCUUCCACCUCUCUCAUCUGCCUGGUCGCUUGGGAGAGUACUUAGCACUAACAGGAGAAAAGCUCAAAGGAGAAGAAAUGGUUGCUUGUGGGGUUGCAACGCACUAUUGUCAUAGUUCAAGGCUUUCGCUAAUUGAAGAGCACCUAGGGAGUUUGGUUACGGAUGAUGCUUCCGUUAUUGAAUCUUCAUUAGAGAAAUAUGGUGAUCUUGUUUAUCCAGAUAAAACGAGUGUACUUCACAGGAUUGAAACACUUGAUAAAUGUUUCAGCCAUGACACUGUUGAAGAAAUCAUUGAUUCAUUGGAAACUGAGUCAGCUGGUACAAAUGAUCCAUGGUAUACCGCCACUCUAAAACGAUUGAAAGAAGCGUCACCGUUGAGCAUGAAGGUCGCUUUGAAAUCUAUACGAGAAGGAAGAUACCAAACAUUCGAUCAGUGCUUGACUCGUGAAUAUAGAAUGUCCCUACAAGGGACAUCCAUGCAGAUUUCGGGUGAUUUUCGUGAGGGUGUUCGGGCACGGAUGGUGGACAAAGACUCAUUACCAAAGUGGAAUCCUCCUACCUUAGAGCAAGUAUCUGAAGAUAUGGUGAACCAGUAUUUCUCUCCACUUAGUGAUUUUGAGCCUGAACUUGAUCUACCCACCAAACUACGAGAAGCCUUCCCUUGAUUUUGCCACAUUUUUCCUCUUGGAACUAUUGAUAAGCUCAAAGUAUUUUUAGGUCCCUGAAUUUUCAACAUUUGGAUUCAGGUAUUGGAGACUCUUACAGGGUUCACCCAAAUUUGCUUGCCCAAUCCUUCAGGCAAGUUUCAUCCGUUUUCGUCUGCUUAUUGCCACAAUUUAAAGGUAUGCAAAAAAACUAGACUAGAAUGUGUAAUUUCAUUGCAUUAGUCUUAUUGAUAUUGGCAUCUCUGCUUGACAUGUGUGAAUUUAUGUUCGAGUGAUCUCGAUCAACAUUCAUUCUUGUUAAAUGAAUUAAAAUGCCUUCCCAUUUUAUCUUCUUAGAUAGACGAGCCAUUAGAAUUUGGAUUUGAAGUUUCUUACUUUGAAAGUACUUUUCAAGGGUUACUUGAAGAAUGUUCUUGGCCUCUUUGUUUGUUUCUCAAGUAUGUGCCUAAAUUCUUAGGUGGGGUACCGUUAAAGGCGACGUUGAGACCUCUUGCAUUAUAGUUACGACUAUUAUACCUUCUUCAUUCAUUUACUU